GGGUGUAACACCAUAAGCGAUGAGUAAAUUGAAUCAUAAAAUAUUUAAAAUUUUUUCAUCAGAAUUAAUAUAACGUUAAUUCUGGGUUAAAAAUCGUAUAAUUAAGACUCCUAGACAAUGAUGUGGUAUUUUUCUCCCUGGCCUUGAUGCACAACUGUGCACUCGAUAGUUUAGUUUAAAUUUAAUAAUAAAUGGAUAAUUCUAUUAUUUUUAAGGGUAAUGAAGAUAAUACAGUAAAGAGGAUUAAAAUUGGGAAGAAUAACACUGUAGAAGAUACCAACUUUGACUUAAUAUGCAAAUUGUCUGAUUAUUUGGACACUGGAAUUGACAGAAACUUGCUAAGAAUACUGGUAAAUUUAUGUUUACUAGGAGUUAAUCCUAAUUCCUUGGUAAACAUACUUAAACGCCUGAUCAAGUUCAGGAAUACUCUUUCAAACCAACGGUCUUAAUAUCAAAAUUUUAGCCAUAAUUUGAAGAAUAAUUUUUCAAUUAAUUUAUUAUA